CCGUUGAACAGACGGACAGAGCGAUUGACCAAUGAGAAGACAGAAACGGCUCCGACUCGCCCAAUGGCAGCCGGCGCAGGGGUGGGAGCCAGCCAAUAGGGCAGCGGGGGCGGGGCGGCGCGGCGCUCGAGCGGCGGCUGGGCCCGGCGGAGAAAUGGCUCAAGAAGAGAUGGAAGUUGAUCUCCAGCCAGCGGCUGGUUACUCGCUGGAGACCCCCCGGCCACUUGUCCCGGAGCCCUCCGGUCACACGGUGCUCUCCUCGCACAUUCCUGCGCUCGGGGAAGGAGGAGGCGGCGCUGCAGCCCUUCCAGCUGACGAUGCUGUUGGCACAGCCGGCGCCGCUGCCCGGGAAGCGGCUGCAGAGGCUGACCUGCGGACGGGCCCUGCCGCGGCCCCCAGCGGGCUGCAGAGGCUGCAAGCGGCGCUGGAUCAGUACCAGGCGCUGCCUGUGCCGCAGCUCACACAGCGCCCGCAGGCGAGGAGAGCUCGCAGGCAGCAGAGACUUGGUGCUUCCCAGAGGACAAUCAGUGCCAGGGCAGCAUUGGACCAUUACUUUCAACUCAGUAGGACCCAAGAGCCAUCUGCAGGACCAGUUCCACAGCCGGAGUUCCCCCAAAUUGCAAGGGACACCCAGGCACAGCGCCCAGCCGAGACAAUAGAAGUGAGUGACUCUGACAGCAGCACUGAGGAGGAGGAGGAGGAGGAGGAGGAGGAGGAAGCUGCGGAGGCAGCAGCACCACUGUUACCAUCGGUCCAGGAGACUCCUCCAUUGGCCAGCUCAGGAGUUUCCAGUCAGAUCCAAGCAGAGCCACCUCAAGCUUUGUCUCAAGCUUCUGCAGAACAUGAAAGUCAUGAAGAUGAACCUGAAGUCCAGCAAAAGCAAACAACUCCACUAAAGAAACCGGAGCCAUCAGUUCCUGUUGCACCUCUGGAUGAAGAGGAAGGAGAUACCUGUGCAAUCUGCUUUGAGCAGUGGACCAAUGCUGGGGCCCACCGUCUGUCUGCGCUGCGCUGCGGACACCUCUUUGGCUACACCUGCAUUGAGAGGUGGCUCAGGGGACAGGCAGGGAAGUGCCCUCAGUGCAAUAAGAAGGCCAAGCGUUCUGACAUCGUGGUCCUGUAUGCCCGCACGUUGAAGGCGCUGGACACCAGUGAGCAGGAGCGCAUGAGAAGCUCUUUAGAAAAGGAGCAGAUGCUGCGGAGACAGGCGGAGCUGGAAUCUGCACAGAGCCGUCUCCAGCUCCAGGUGCUGACAGAUGAAUGCAGCAAACUCCGCAAGCAAGUUCAGGAGCUGAAGGCUCUGGUGGCCCAGUACAACGUGAGCACUUUGCAGCAGCCGGGCAGCUCCCGCCCCUGCCUCGCAGGCAGCCUCCCCUCCAGCCAGAGCCAGCGCAAGUACCACUUGGAAAAGGUGUUCUUGGUGUCUCAGACUGGGAACUGCAGAGUGAUGGCAUACUGUGACUCACUGGGUUGUCUCGUGGUAUCGCAGCCUUCUCCACAGUCUACUUUUAUUCCUGGUUGUGGUGUUAAGAUGAUGAGCUUGGCCAACCUGAAGAGCAGUCAGUACAUCCCCAUCCACAGCAAACAGAUUCGGGGCCUGGCUUUCGGCGCUCGAGCCGAUGGUUUGCUGCUCUCUGCCGCCCUGGACAACACUCUCAAACUCACCAGCUUGGCGACAAACACUGUGGUGCAGACGUACAAUGCCGGCCGUCCCGUCUGGAGCUGCUGCUGGUGCCUUGAUGAUACAAAUUAUGUCUAUGCUGGAUUGGUCAAUGGCUCUAUCAUGAUAUAUGAUCUGAGAGACACAAACUCUCACGUCCAAGAACUGGUCCCUCAGAAGUCGAGGUGCCCCAUGGUAUCGCUGUCCUACCUGCCCCGGAUGGCCUCAGCCUCGCUGCCUUAUGGUGGGAUAUUGGCUGGGACCUUGGAAGGAGCCUGCUUUUGGGAACAGAAAGCUGGCAACUCCUACCGGCCUCAUCACCUGUCCCUGGAACCCGGGGGCUGCAUCGAUCUCCAGACAGAGAUCAACACACGACACUGCCUGGCCACCUACAGGCCUGGUAAAAAUAACCCAUGUAUGCGUUGUGUGAUGAUGGAACUGACUUGCAGCCCACUGACAGAGGGCUCAGAAGAUGUGGUGUGUUCUUCUAACCCGGUUCAGACUUUCAGUGCUGGUCCCACUUGCAAGUUGCUGACCAAAAAUGCCAUUUUUCAGAGCCCAGAGGAUGAUGGGAGUGUCUUUGUGUGUGCUGGUGAUGAGGCAUCCAAUUCUGCUCUGCUCUGGGAUGCUGGAAGCGGUUCCUUGCUGCAGAAGCUGCCAGCUGACCUGCCUGUGCUGGAUAUCUGCCCCUUGGAAGUGAACCAAAGCCACCUCUUGGCUACUCUAACAGAGAAGAUGGUGAAUAUCUAUAAAUGGCAGUGAGCUGUCCUUACACUUGCCACAGACUGUCCAAAUAUGCUGCUGAUAACCCUACACAAGUGUUCAGUCCUGCACUUGCUGCUCACAGGAGACAGGAUCCAUUGCAGCACCGUUCUGGCAGUGGGGAGGAACUGGGAUGCACUGGUGCCCAGAGCAAUUCCUUUCUUCUUCUGCAUUCCUCUUUAGGCCUGCCCUUAUUUCUUCUUUGUCAAUUUUUUUUAGUCAAACUCCACAAGCUGCCUCAGCACAGCAAUAGUUCCUGGAGUGUCUCCAGUGUGUUAUUGCACUUUUUUUUCCGCUGUGGAUGCAGCACAGAGAGUUUCAAAUCUCUGCUACAAAUGAAUAAAAUAAGAGGAGCUUGAAGACCUGAGACUCUCACUGCACUUUCUUGUGGAAGCUUGCCGUGAUUACUGGGUGAUGAAAAGGCAUCUUGUAGCAUUGCUGAUACACAGUGUGAAAGCAACUUCGCUGCCAUGGGGAGCACACUCCCAAUGUUCUGUGGAAGGUCUAGGGUCAGUUGGCAGUUAUUCCCUAACAAGGAUGGAUCCUGUUUUGGGGCCAUGGUGAGAACAGGUUUGAAAAAUCUACAGGGAACCUUUUUCCUUUGUGUUUUUUUUUUUCUCCAUGAGCAUAUAAUUUGCACUGUAAUUCCUUAAUUCUCUGCCUUUUUCCCUUCUCUCUUUCCUGCUUUACCUGCAAGCAAACUUGGACAGUUUGGUUGUGGAAAAUGAAAAUUGUACUGGAGAAGUACAGGUAAAGAAGAGGGAGAUGAUGCUUGUACUGUUGGCUGCUGCAGUCCAGUGCUCUUUCUUAAAGCCAGGAAUGUAGUGAAACAGCCAGUAUAUUGGAAAAGAAUGCUGGCUGCUUCUGUUGUUUGGGGGUAGGGGGGCUGGUUUUUUUUCUGUUUUGAGGAACGAGUGGAAGCUCAGGGAUUUCAUCAGCUUGUUUUUACUGACCUUUUGUCUUCCUUAAAUGACGGUUUACAGCUCCACAACUGGUCACAGAGAGCUUCCAGUUGUGUUUGUGUGAGUGUGCUGCAGCUACUGGUUUGUGUAAAUGUGAGCCUGUGGGGUGGGAUCACAGCUGGGGAUGUGUGGGCAGGUGCUCUCUUAGCACCUUACUGUAAAUACUCAUCUCCAGGUCAGAUCAUGGAGGGGACUUCAGUUCCAUUUUAUAUGUAACAAAGUCAAACUUGAGAAAGGAUGUUGGAAGCUGCAGGACAAGUUCCCUGUGCUGGAAGGUUGUCCCUUGGCACACCUCUGCCUCUGGAUGUGGUGAGCAGCAGCUGUCCCAUUCAGAUUGAGUGAGCCACCACAUCAACUGCCAGGAUAAUUUUAUUUGCUGAAGGCUGGGGCUUGCACGAUGUGAUCCUGUUUGUCUUAAAUGGGACUGAGAAGAUCUCAACUUAACUUUAUAUUUUUCUGUAUAGUAUUUUGUUCCUAUAUUUUUAUACUGUAAAAAUAAAGUGUUUAUUAUUAUCAGUUAUAA